GACUAGUUUGGAGUUCAGCACAUUCGAGGUGUCUCGCCCGAACGCGGCGGAGCGAUGUGACGAUGGCGUUACCACUUCAUUCUGCAACGUGCUCUGUCGCCGCACGAUGGCGGAUCACGGAACUGCUACCGACGCAGCCGACGAUCACAGGUUGAAUAUGAACCAGUGGCGCGAGUCCGUUCGACUGUCUUCGUCGUCGUCGUCGACCUGUCUUGGCAAACCGCGUCCGUCAGAAGUAAAGGUCGUGAUUGUUCCAGCGUGCCAAGCCAAGAUAGAAUCCCACCGCGAGUACAAAGGUCGCAUUCGGACUUGGCCAGGCCUUUUGCUCGUGUUUGUGUGCGUUGUCAGUGCCAUCGCCAUCAUCACCACAUCUGCAUUUCGCGCGCAUGCGUCAUCGACAGAGCGCACCCAAAAGGUAAAUGAGUUGCUCUUCCGCAACAAGUCGGGAACACUGCUUCCAAGCGACGUCAUGGACUCGGUCAUUGGGUCCCCGGCCGACGACGGCCAAGUCGGUAACCCGAAGACGUAUCCGACAUCGCAAUGCGCUCAAUUGGACUAUCAAAGCAAGAACGGCAAGAUCGUCGCAGUGACGAAGAAUGGCACGGAGGUUGCGAUCUCGAUCAAGGGCGUCAACUGGUUUGGAAUGGAAACAGGGCUGGCCGUGCCGUUUGGACUGUGGGAAAAUCAAAAGAAUGGCACCACCGCGUUUGUUCUCGCGGCGUUUCUGGCAGCCAACAAAUUCAAUGCGGUGCGGCUUCCCGUGUGCAUUCAGAGCAUCCUCCGAAACACAAAGCCGGCGAAGAGCCUCGUGAAUGUCGAGUCGAAUCGAGCGCUGGACUUGACCAACUACAUGACGAUGCUGCAGUCGAUCAUCAAAGUGCUCGCGUUUCGCCGCAUCGGGGUGCUGAUUUCGCUGCAUACUCUGACUACCAUGCAGUCCGGGGGCAAUUGGUACAGCGACGCGUUGGGGGUGUCGAAGGCCGACUUUCUCGAGGCAGUCGACAUCUUGACCCAGUCACUGUGCACAAACGAGUACUGGAACGUCAUGGGGCUCGAUGCCAAGAACGAACCGCACGAAGCGACGUGGGCUGAGUUCGCGGAAGGCGCCACCAUAAUCGGGAACCGUAUGCUCGAGGGAUGUCCAAACUGGUCCAUCUACGUCGAAGGCGUGAACGACGGGACCAAGAGCGUCACCAUCGAUGGCACAGCGUUCAAGUACUUUGACUGGUGGGGCGGCGGCCUCCAGCAAGCGCGGGCGAACCCAGUGACCCUCCAAACCCCACACAAGGUCGUGUACGCGCCGCACUAUUACAACACGGGUGUGUUUCCGCAGCCAUACUUGUACGGCCCCGGCGGCGUCCGCGACGAACUCGAUGACCAGACGCUCAAGCGCCGUAUUCAAGGCACGUCCUUUGACAUGUUUGGCCACGUCAACAAAAGGCAGACGGAUGCCGUCGUCAUGGGCGAGUUUGCUGGCCUGUACGCGACGGACGCCCACCCACUCAAGACAACGAAACGUGUGACAGAUUUGCUGAUUGAGAUCAUGCUCGAAGAAAAGUACGCCGGCGGGUUCAUGUGGUCGCUAAAUCCCGAGAGUGCGUACCAGUACAACCCGUCGCCAGGGCAUUACACCGAAGGGCUGCUCCUCGACGACUGGCUCACGCCCAACGCGGUGUUUCUCAAAGGCUUGGCAGCCAUGGAUGCCUUUCCCGACUUGCGCAUGCUACCUUGUGUGCCCACGACGUCGGCAUGACGAUGGAGUCGGCAGCCAGCAGCAACCCCACCACCUUUGUGGAGAAUGCCAUCUUGUACGUGUUCUCGGCGAGUCGGGUUUGGAAAAUGAAUGGUUCCCGGUCGAAUCGAAUUGCAUGUCGAGGCGUGCGAUGGCUCGAUAGGUUUUCAUUCUGCAGCGCAGGAUGCAGCGACGACACACGAG